AUGGCCAACAACGAGGUGAGCGCGCACAUAGAACAGCGAAUUGUCAUGAAGUUUCUCGUGAAUGAAGGCGUAAAGUCAUCUGAAAUUCACAGAAGACUUCAGUCUCAGUAUGGCCACGAUACACUUAGCCACCGCAAAGCGUUUGAGCGGUGCAGACGGUUCCGAGACGGCCGUACAUCAGUGCAGGACAAUCCCGGCCGGGGCGGUUCAGAGCCCAGUGUCAGGGUUGCUGAGAACAUCCAACUUGUGGAGCACCUGAUCCUCAAGGACCGACAGAUAACAUGUAUCAAACUGGCUCGAAAGACGGACCUUUCUGUGGGAACAUUGAACAGUAUCAUUCAUGAACACCCCCAGUUCCGGAUAGUUCGUGCCCGUUGGGUCCCGAGGCAGCUCUCUGUGUUUGACCGGCAGAAAAGACUGGAAAUCUCCAAAGAUUUGAUUUGA